CGGAAGGGAAUACUAUACAUGGAUGAAAAAGGCGAAUGUUAAAGCGGCAUAGUUCACCGCCUACUGCAUUUUGGAGCGAUGGCUGCUGCCGUCAGUAAGGUUUCCGGCGACAUCAUAUCGUCGAGCUUCGAUCGUAUACGACCACCGCCUCCUGAUUCUUCCCUUCACUUAGUUACCAGACCUCCAAGAAACGCGGUGUCGUAUUGGACGUGUUCAAAGCUUUGUGCAAUUUGCUUUGUUGCUGGAAUGGUUUUCGGGUACUCUCUCAGGGGACGAGUCAAGCGUUGGGCUUCUAACAUCCUCAAGAAGCUGAACUGAAACAUAAUUGAAUUGCAGGUAGUCGUUUAGUUCGAUCACGGUUCACUUUCAUAGAUUUAUGUGAAAGAAUAUGUUCCGUGACGGAUUAUGUGAAAGAAUAGGUAGUCGUUUAGUUUCAAUUUUUCUUCGUUUUUAGAUGUUCCGUGACGGAUUAUGUUUUGUACGGAUUUUGGAAUGAGUUUGAAAGUCAGGGAUUCAAUUACAAACCUACACAAGGGCUUAUUGAUUUAGGUGAUUUAUUUCUAGCCAUUUCGCGCA